CCACUUCCGCUGACGUUGGAGGUCAGAGGUUACAGACAAGAUGUCUGCUCACGGUCGCUUUGAGCACUUGCGGAGAGGAGCAUCUCUGGGACAGAAGCUUGUCCACGGCGGCUUAUAGGAGCUAGGUCGAAGGAGCGAGGUUGAGGCGGUAGCGACCCGUUAGGUAGCUCCCCUGAAGGCCAGCCGGCUGCGGAACGUGACUUUUGGGGACCGCAGGAGAGCGGGGAGUGUGAGGUGCCAUUGACCAGUAAUGCCCGGUUUCCCCCAGGAAAGCCGGGAAGCCAAACUCCGCGGGACCGCUUCAUGCCGCCUACUGGUUUAGAGCCCACCAGAAUGAACAGGAAGAAAGGAGACAAGGGCUUUGAAAGCCCAAGGCCAUAUAAAUUAACCCAUCAGGUCGUCUGCAUCAACAACAUAAAUUUCCAGAGAAAAUCGGUUGUGGGAUUUGUGGAACUGACCAUAUUUCCCACAGUUGCAAACUUGAAUAGAAUCAAGUUGAACAGCAAACAGUGUAGAAUAUACCGAGUAAGGAUCAAUGACUUAGAGGCUGCUUUUAUUUAUAAUGAUCCAACCUUGGAAGUUUGUCACAGUGAAUCAAAACAGAGAAACCUCAAUUAUUUUUCCAAUGCAUAUGCAGCUGCAGUUAGUGCUGUGGACCCUGACGCCGGAAAUGGAGAACUUUGCAUUAAGGUUCCAUCAGAGCUAUGGAAACACGUCGAUGAGUUAAAGGUCCUGAAGAUACACAUCAAUUUUUCUUUGGAUCAACCCAAAGGAGGUCUUCAUUUUGUGGUACCCAGUGUAGAGGGAAGUAUGGCAGAGAGAGGUGCUCAUGUUUUCUCUUGUGGGUAUCAAAAUUCUACAAGAUUUUGGUUCCCUUGUGUUGAUUCAUACUCUGAAUUGUGUACAUGGAAAUUAGAAUUUACGGUAGAUGCUGCAAUGGUUGCUGUUUCUAAUGGAGAUUUGGUGGAGACAGUGUAUACCCAUGAUAUGAGGAAGAAAACUUUCCAUUAUAUGCUUACCAUUCCUACAGCAGCAUCAAAUAUCUCCUUGGCCAUUGGACCAUUUGAAAUACUUGUAGAUCCAUACAUGCAUGAGGUUACUCAUUUUUGUUUACCCCAACUUCUUCCAUUGCUUAAACAUACCACAUCAUACCUUCAUGAAGUCUUUGAAUUUUAUGAAGAAAUUCUUACAUGUCGAUACCCAUAUUCCUGUUUUAAGACUGUAUUCAUCGAUGAGGCUUAUGUUGAAGUGGCUGCUUAUGCUUCCAUGAGCAUUUUUAGCACAAAUCUUUUACACAGCGCCAUGAUUAUAGAUGAGACACCUUUGACUAGAAGGUGUUUAGCCCAGUCCUUGGCCCAGCAGUUUUUUGGAUGUUUCAUAUCAAGAAUGUCUUGGUCUGAUGAAUGGGUGCUGAAGGGAAUUUCAGGCUACAUCUAUGGACUUUGGAUGAAAAAAACUUUUGGUGUUAAUGAGUACCGCCACUGGAUUAAAGAGGAGCUAGACAAAAUAGUGGCAUAUGAACUGAAAACUGGUGGAGUUUUACUACAUCCCAUAUUCGGUGGAGGAAAAGAGAAGGAUAAUCCGGCUUCCCAUCUACACUUUUCAAUAAAGCAUCCACAUACACUGUCCUGGGAAUACUAUACCAUGUUUCAGUGUAAAGCUCACCUUGUGAUGAGAUUGAUUGAAAAUAGGAUCAGUAUGGAAUUUAUGCUACAAGUUUUCAAUAAACUGCUAAGUCUGGCUAGUACUGCCUCAUCUCAGAAGUUCCAGUCACAUAUGUGGAGUCAGAUGUUGGUUUCCACAUCUGGGUUUUUGAAAUCCAUUUCAAAUGUCUCUGGCAAAGAUAUUCAGCCAUUAAUAAAGCAGUGGGUAGAUCAGAGUGGAGUGGUAAAAUUUUAUGGAAGUUUUGCAUUUAAUAGAAAACGAAAUGUCUUGGAAUUGGAAAUAAAACAGGACUAUACAUCUCCUGGAACUCAGAAAUAUGUGGGACCACUUAAAGUGACAGUGCAGGAGUUAGAUGGAUCCUUCAAUCAUACAUUGCAAAUUGAAGAAAACAGCCUUAAACAUGAUAUACCCUGCCAUUCCAAAAGCAGAAGGAAUAAAAAGAAAAAAAUCCCACUAAUGAAUGGAGAAGAAGUUGACAUGGAUCUUUCUGCAAUGGAUGCCGAUUCCCCUUUGCUGUGGAUAAGGAUAGACCCAGAUAUGUCAGUACUGAGGAAGGUAGAAUUUGAGCAAGCUGAUUUCAUGUGGCAGUAUCAACUCCGCUAUGAGAGAGAUGUUGUUGCACAACAGGAAUCCAUUUUGGCUUUGGAAAAGUUCCCUACUCCAGCGUCUCGGCUUGCACUGACUGAUAUUUUAGAACAAGAGCAGUGUUUCUACAGAGUAAGAAUGUCAGCUUGCUUUUGUCUUGCAAAGAUUGCAAAUUCAAUGGUGAGCACAUGGACAGGACCACCAGCCAUGAAGUCACUCUUUACUAGGAUGUUUUGUUGUAAAAGUUGUCCAAAUAUUGUGAAAACAAACAACUUUAUGAGCUUUCAAAGUUAUUUUCUGCAGAAGACUAUGCCGGUUGCGAUGGCUUUAUUAAGAGAUGUUCAUAAUCUUUGUCCUAAAGAAGUCUUAACGUUUAUUUUAGACUUAAUCAAGUACAAUGACAACAGGAAAAAUAAGUUUUCAGAUAACUAUUAUCGUGCAGAAAUGAUUGAUGCCCUGGCCAACUCUGUUACGCCUGCAGUCAGUGUGAAUAAUGAAGUUAGGACUUUGGAUAACUUAAAUCCUGAUGUGCGACUCAUUCUUGAAGAAAUCACCAGAUUUUUGAAUAUGGAGAAACUCCUUCCAAGCUAUAGACAUACCAUCACUGUCAGUUGUUUGAGAGCAAUACGGGUACUUCAGAAGAAUGGACACGUGCCAAGUGAUCCAGCUCUUUUUAAAUCUUAUGCUGAAUAUGGCCACUUUGUGGACAUUAGGAUAGCAGCUUUGGAAGCAGUUGUUGAUUAUACUAAAGUGGACAGAAGUUACGAAGAACUGCAAUGGCUACUUAGUAUGAUUCAGAAUGACCCUGUACCCUAUGUAAGGCAUAAAAUUCUAAAUAUGUUGACUAAGAACCCACCAUUUACUAAGAACAUGGAGUCUCCGUUAUGCAAUGAAGCCCUGGUUGAUCAACUUUGGAAACUUAUGAAUUCUGAAGUGGUAAUGAGGAUUCAUCAUAACAAAAGGAGCUACAUCAUCUAGGUCCAGUAAUCCGGGGGAACCCUGCCUGCUCCUCACUUUGGGGCUCUUGGGCUAUCUGCUCACUUGAGAUAAGCAUUAUCAGGAAAACAGAAACUGUGAAUGAUGGAGAUGAAAUUAUAUUCAUUUACUUCUCUCUUUCUGCAAAGUAGAUUUGAGGUAUGUUGACUUUGCAUAGUUACAAAAUUUACUGAACCAAUUUAAAAUAUAGGAGAGAAUAUCAUGGUAGUUCAAAAGGAUCAUAAAAUCAACAGGUACUUUUGAAGAAUCAGAAACUUUUCAGUAGGAGAAAUUGUGUAUGGAUUUAUAGAAACAAGAUUUUAAAAAUUGAAAUCAAUUUGAGAGUGAAACAAUGAUACUCAUGACUUUUAAAAAUUCGUGUGUCAUUCAGUUAAUACUAGUACUCAUUUUAGAAAUAUACUAGGGGAAUUCGGAGCUGAGAGACAGUUACAGGAACUGAGAACUCUUGGUAGCUACAUCACCAGGAGGAAGGUUGUCAGACGUUUUUGUUGAGAUUUCAGAGCUGCCUAGUCUCUGUGUGUUUCUUGGUGUGGAAUAACUCCACUUAGCCUUAAAUUCUGGGAGGUACUCUUUCCAAAAUUUUUUUUGCUUUGUAAAUAUAUACACACAUUGACCUGUCUAUGUGUAUAUUCACUCAUACAUGUAUCAGAUAUCUUAACCCAUUCUUUAUGUAAUUUUUCAUAUACAUUUUUAUCUUCAGCAUUUUGUUUUUAAAAUUGUUAAAGCUUAAAAAUUUAAAGAAUAAUAUAGUACAUAAUCAUAGACUUUCAGCUUGAUUCAUCAGUUAAAAUUUUACCAUUUACUUUAUCUCCUUUUCCUUUUCAUCUUAUAUUUAUACCCUGUUUUUUUCUGAAUCAUUUGAAAAUAAAUGGCAUCAUGAUCCUCUUUCCAAAUACUUCAGUGUACACUCCUGAGAAUAAGGUCAUUCUACGUAUCCACAAUAUGAUCAUCACACUGCACCCAGCAUAUAGCCCAUAUUCACAGUUCCCCAGUUGUUUCCAGAAAUGCUCUUUGCAGUUCCCAUACAGCUUUUAAAUUAAUGCUGCACAGAAAGAUAGUAAACAUUUUUAAAGACAAGGAUCUUUUACAUUAUAUGAUGUUUGUCCAUGGUUGCUUAAGAUUCUUAAAUAGGUUUGUUUUUUUAUUGAAAAUAUCUAAUUUGCCAGGGGCAGUCGUUUUUAAAGGUUUCACAUAUUCAUUCACUAGUUUUUUUCUUGAGCACUUUCCAUUUGCCACUAUGCUACGUUUUCUGUGUGUUAACUAAGUAUAAUGGAAAGAGAGACAUAGGUACAGAUAAAUUAUAAUAUGAAGAGAUAGUUGCUAAUGUAAAGAGAACAAACUAUUUGGCGAACCCAAAGGAAGGAGCCAUGAACCCUGUCUGGAAUGCUUGAAUGUUCAUGGAGAGAUAGCAUUUGAGCUAGCUCUUGAUGAAUGGAAAGGAGUUUUCCAGCAGAAUAAAUUUUUAGGUAGUAGAAUUAUAUAUAAAAACCUCAUGUUCUGAAGGAAUAUUUAGAAAAUAGUGUUAUCUGGAAAGAUAGAUUAGGAUCUAAAUGCAGAGGGCCUCGGGAUUUGGGGCUUUAUGCUUUGGUCAAUGAGGAACAGGUGUUGAUAGAACCAGGCUUACUUCGGUUAGCUGUGUGGGGGAGUAGCUUUUUUCCACGCCAAGGAAAAUGAUUUUCCUUUUCCAAAGGAAUAUGUAUCAGAAUUCGGAACAUACUUUUAUAGAUUUAAGUAAGAUACAGAAUUAUAGGCCAAAACAACAGUAAUUUUAAAAUACAUUAAAAAAAUAAAAACCUAAGAAUUGGAGAUUUUUAUUGGUGCCUUAUAUUUUAUUUAAGACAUAAAUACUUAACGGUGGUCUUGCCUAAUUGAGUGAUUUUUUUUAUUUCUGAAGAAGCAGAUCUUCAUUGAGAAUGGUAUCUGACUGUAUAUCAUCAUAAAGGAAAUUUUAGCUGUUGCUUCCACAUUGACCUUUAAUUUAUGGAACAUUAUUGAAAGAAUGACAUAAAAACACUAAUUGUUCAAGUCAUUGAAUGCUGUUUAUUCACAUCAUAAUUUUUAGUGUUUGGAAAUUUACAACUACACUCAAGGGGGUAGAAUGAGGGACAAUUUCUAAUUCGGUUUGAUAGGAUUUGCCAGGUUUCAGAAAAGAAAAUAAACAGUUUUGAUAUUAACAUGAGAAGGUUUCAAAGUUCUGCUUCACCAUCUCUCUCUCUCUGAUACCUUCCUUCUUAGGAAUGGAAAUGGUGGAGGAAAAUGAAAACAUAUUGAUUCAUUUGCACAUGAAAUUAUAUAUGUAUACACACACACACACACACACACAUAAAUAGAAAUGAAUUUGCUGUUUUUAUUUACUGUACAAUGCACAGAACAGUCAGGACAAUAAUACCCAGUGGAAGUUGUAUUUCUGGCUUAACUGUGUACAGAUUUCUAAGCUUCAGCCGUCAAUAAGGAGUGCCGGGUUUAUUCAGAAGUGUCCUGAAAACGGUGGCUUUCAGAGUGAAUUUUCUUAGCAGCUUUUUUAGUUGAUCAGUUUUAAGAGCAGUUACUUUAGAAAAUGAAGAGAUGAUUUUUCAGUGGAUCAGAUUUACUACUUUGGUGGUGCUUGUCUCAGGGCACUUUCUGAUUUGAAAAAGAUCGUUAAUAUUGGGGUGGUAGUAUUCUGAUUCAGAUAAAUGGGGUUGGUCCCAGAGUAUAACUGCUAAUGAAGACAGGAUGAAUAGCACUUUUCCUGGGAGGAGAGACUAGUGACUGUCAUUUUGUCAUACAUGAUCAUUCAUUGCCAUAAGUGAUGGGGAGAGGGGAGGUAGCUGGAAGAUUAAAGAAGAGUCUUCAAAACAUUGUAACUGAAGGCAGAAAUCAGAGGCUGUUUCAGGCCCUCUCUUUCUAAUGGAACUGAUUGACUUGGAAUCAUCGAAUUUUAGACCUGGUAAGGGGGAUCUUAAAGAUCAUCUCAGUGAAUUACUCUGAUCAUCUUAGUAACAGCCCAGGUGGCUGACUUGCCCAAGGUCACAGAGCUAACAGGCAAUUAAUUAGAAGUGGUUUUUUUCCCCAUUCUAUCUCUCAUCUUAAUUGAAAUAUACUAAUGGGACAACUGUCUUAAGAUUUCAUUCCGUGAUUUUGAAAUACAAUGAAAUUUUGGCUUUUAUCCUCUAUUUCUUGCUCUCUUUUGUAAUUUUAACAAAAUUCUGCUAUUCAUAUUUUAGCUCCUCCGUAGUCCCCAAUUUUAAUAUGUAAGUUCACUUUUAGAGGACAGAAAACACUAUCAAGAAUCUCCCUCAGGAGCAAAAAAAGUGAUGUUCAUAUGUUUGUCCAAAUUAAAGGUCUAGCAAAACCAAAAAGCCCACACAGAAAUAAAAAGUAACCUAAAUUACAUUUGAGGGCUUCAAGUGCACUUAGCAGCCUUUACUGUGUUGCCUAAUCAUCCUCGAGCUGACUUUCAAAAACAAAAUAAAAGCCGUGGCUCAUCAAAAUACACAUAUUCGAUUUGUCUUUUAAAAUUAAUAUUUGUAUUUUUUAAAUGUUUAGGAAUUCACAGUUGAAUGACUCAUUUUGAGAUCAUCUACAGCAUAUGAAAGUUCAGGCUGGUUUUUGCAGGCAGUAUUGAUCUUCACGGUUUAAUUUUCUCCCAAACAGUAAAUGUACUCUAAACUGUUCUGGUUUUGUUGUUGUUGUUGUUGUUAACUAAUAAAAUGCCUAAGAUUCACUCCUCCUCUUGCUAUACCCAUGGAUAGAUAGAUACAGGGCCAGCUGCUCUGGGUUGCCAGAAUCUUUAUUGCUCAAGAGUAGAGACCCUCUAGCCUUUGCUAAUAGAAGCCCCAGGAAUCUGAUAACCUCCUCUUUGUGGAACUUUUAUAUAUGUAAAAUGCUUUGAGGAAGAGAAAUGAAUGCCUACAAAAUAAUACUACCUCAAGCUAUUGAAGUGUCCACAUGUGCAUAUUCCAGGAAGGGAAGAUGCAUUUCCAGUGUAAAAUUCUUGCUUUUACUAUGUAAUGUUUUCUUCCAUUACUUGUUUCUCUGUAGCUCUUGCCUCUCCCAGUGUUGUAUGUUACACAGCAACAAAACUGAAAAUGUCUCAAGUAGGACUGAUGAGAGCUAUUUCACAACAAUAUAGCAUGCAAAGUGGCCUAGUACAGUGCCUAUCUAGUAUCAAAGUGAAUUUACAGUUUUUUCAUUGCAGAUUUGCAUAUAAUUAAUAGAUACCUAUUAGAGUAAAUCUGAUGAGAAUUACUAUUAGUUGAUAAUGUAUUUACUUAUACUAAUAUUUGUUGUCAAAAACCACAAAGUUUAAUAUUUAUGAUACCCAAAUUUUUUUCCUUUUUGUUUCACCUUUUUAAAUAUGAUACUCUUUUAAAACUACAGCUCUUGGUAAAAAUUAGGUAUUUAUAGGGCCUUCCUUCCUCCUGCCCUUUCUUUCUUUAUUUUUUGAGACAGAGUCUCACUCUGUUGCCCAGGUUUGA